GGAUUCACUGAAAGUAGAAUUUCCUUGAGUCAGAAGAAACAGAGGAAGACCAUGAAAAUAUUGAAGACUGCAUUUGAAAGCAUAUUUCACCGUGGAAAGAUUGGUUUUUAUUCCACCCAUUGAAAUUUUAUAUUUUGAGUUUUUGACAUUGCUGUACCUGAUUACAGCAAUGAUACAACAUGCAGCUGCCAUGCUGUAUUAUUGCGAACUUGAUAUUAUUCCUUGCAUUUCAAUUGCUGCUAUUUGGGUUUCCAGGGUUGAUGACAGAAGAUGAAAAGAAACUGUUUGAAGACCUUCCUUCUCCCCACAGCAAGUACUGGGUGCCAUGCCACUGGGCCUGCACCCUUACAUCCAUAGCAAGGAAUGAGGGAAGGAUCAAGGAUGACAUCAGUCUUAAGACCUUAUUACAGGAAAUUAACAACUUCAGAGCUGGUCUUGGCAGCAUGUACACGUUUGACUGGAUCAGCAUUCCUUUAGUUUAUACACAGGUGACAACUUUGGCUAUAUACACUUACUUUCUGGCCACACUCCUAACUAGCCAGUUUCUGGACCCUUCCCAGGGUUACCCAGGCCACGAUGUUGACCUCUACGUUCCAGCAUUCAGUGUGCUGCAAUUCUUCUUUUAUAUGGGCUGGAUAAAGGUUGCAGAACAGUUGACCAAUCCAUUUGGAGAAGGUGAUGAUGACUUUGAAGUAAACUGGAUGAUUGACAGAAAUUUACAGGUCUCUCUAUUGGCUGUGGAUGAAAUGUACAUGGUUCUUCCAAAGCUGGAAAUUGAUAUGUAUUGGGAUGAGCUUGAGCCUAUCAUUCCAUACACCAAGUCUUCUGUGAAAACCAGAAUUGACCCAUGGCUGGGCUCAACUGCUGAUAUGAGUUUUUCUGACUGUGACAUGAAGGUUGUGAUGCCAAUGGAAACCAUUCCUGAAAAUGAGAACUACAGUAUGCCAUCCCCGCAUCAACACAGGUACAUACAUUCUAACAUAGAAUUGGGGACAUCCAUAAAUUCAGGAAAUUUAUCAAGUCACAAACCACGUCGCAUUUCUGAAUUGGUUGAAGGGCAUGUGCAGCGCCCCUUGAGUCUCAAUUCCUUGAGCCAUAGUAGCCCUGGAACCCCAGUUUCAGAGAGACGAACCAGUCACUCACCAAGAAAAGGACAUUUGAGUAGUAGUACUAGGAGUCCUGUUCCAAUUCGAAGACCCAGAGGAGAGCGUACCAGUAAGCAAGAAUCUGUUGCUUCUUCGUAUGUAGAAAGAUGGCUUAAUGGUCAGAGGAGUAGGAUGAAUUGCAGUAUGUCCCCAUCUGGUAAUUUUAUAGACAUCACACCACCUCAGAGCACUGUCAACAGCCCAACUGCAGUUGACGCACCAAAGUAUACCUCUAUAUCAUCCAAUGAUGCCACCAGAGUAGUCCAUGGGUUCACAGUUACAAUGUGUGAUGAACAAGAUGAGGGAAGGUCCAGUUCAGCAAAUGAGUCAAAUGUUACAAAUUGGGGAGAUACCUCUGGGCAACCAACCAACAAUGCAGAGGGCCCUUCUCCUUCUCUUGCCCCUAUUGCUGAGUCUGUAACUGUUCCCAUGCAUGUUGGGACAGACUAUGGCUAUACCCCAUACACAAACCAGAGCACUGUAACCAGCCUUACUCCAUUACUGGAAACUGGUGAAUCUCAGGAAUCAGCAAAUAAAGAUGAGGAACCAGUUGUGUAGGACUUCAGUGGAUAAAGUUAUGGAUCUGGGAAAGUAAGCAAGCCAUAUGUAGGUUGUUUAUUUCAGGAGUAAGUUGGCAUUUUAUAAUUGAAAUUGAAUGCCUAUUUUGAACAUAAAUGACUUCGGCUAAUUACAGUUGGUGAAAUCGUUAUAGUCACAAUGGAGAUGACUUUAAAGUAAUUUCAUUAUGUUUUCACUGUCUUCCUGAUAUAAAUGAAGAGAUAAUGACAACCAUGUCUGAUUUCAUGUUAAGUAUGUUAUUGAGCCAUCGUUUUGUACUGCAACAGUGCUAUGGCUUUGUUGGAUAAGAAAUGAAAGGGAUUAAUGAAGACAAACUUUGUGUGUUAUUGUAUAGUACUGCUUGGAAGUCUUGAAAUUUUAUCAGAUAGGAAGAAAAUACUAGUACUCAAAAACAAAACUGCACUCCUUUUCGUUUGUGAACUGGUAAAAAUUGCCCAUACUGGAAAAUCUUUGCAUAUGCAAAGGCCUAACACCAGUGCUGGUUGGAUGGGAAAAUAGGAUAUCUGUUUCCCUUAAUAUUCCUUGUGUAUUAGCUAAGAAACAAAUUGUGUGAAUAUAAUUAAACGUAACAGUUAUUUAUCUUCUGAUUUUAUUGUUCAAAUAUUAGUUAAAGGAAUUUAGUUGCAAUGAAAAUUAAUUUCAUUGCUCAUAAUAUUAUAUUUUUGUGUUUUAUUAUUAUUAUUAUUUUUUUUUUUUUUGUUUUGAUUUUUACAGAUUGCUGGAUCUUAAGCACUGUUGAUGCAGUGCAAACUGAUGGACAUAACAUGCAAUCUUUAAUGUAAUCAGAAUGUGAAUUAAUCUCUGGAAAAAUUGUAUUGAAGAGAUCUCAUUGGUCAGGACAAAAGUCGUCAGGGACGGCACACAAACCACAUAUAUGUUUACAUAUUAUAUUUAAAAUUGAGAAUAUAGUUUACUUGUUUUCUUUGCAGUUAUAUAUGUUUAUCAUAUGCUCUCUCAAAGACAAAAUGCUCUUUUUUAAAUUUUCAAACGUUGCAUCUUUAUCAGAUGUUGUGAUAAUCUUGUUUUGAAAUAUUUGUAAAGAUAUUUUGUGUUGUAUCUUAAUUGUUGAUCAUAUAUGAUAAAUAGCAUAGAUAAAGAUUGAUAUAUAGCAAGAAUAUAGGAUCCUGACCUAUAUACAAAUUCUAGUAAAUGAUACACUUUUAGUUGAGUGUGGUAUAAACACUUUUGUUUCACUUGUGUCUUGUGCAAUGAAAGCGAGUGGUAAUUUGUGCCAAGUAAGUGGAGAUUGGGUAAAGUAAUUAGUGGUCAAAACCAAAAGGUGUUGUUCAAGACCAAAAGGAGUUGGUUUACCUGCAUUUCAGAAUUUUUUAAAGUGCCAUUUGGUGUUUUUUUAUUUUAUAAAUGUAAUUUCCAAAGACUUCAGUUAUUUUAGUUACAUUACUUUUUGUUGUAAUAUCCAUUUACUUUGGAUAUUUAGCAUGCUGGUAGAUUAUGCUGUUACUAUGUAUUUAUCAGCCUUAUCAUUUUUGAAAAGGCUUAAAGCUAUGCCUCUCAAUUCUGUUACCUGCCUGCCAUUAUUUCUAUAUUUGAUAUUUAUUGUUAGCUCUGAGUCGUUUUAAUUAGCAACAGUAAAGACUGACAGAUUAUUAUAGUUGAACACGUGGGCCAGAUGUGUUUAAAGAAAGUAAAAGCCGACAUAUUUAUAGCAUAUUUGACAUGCAGUGGAGGAGUAUCAUGUUGUUGUUGAUGUAUUUAUUAAAAUAAAUCCAUUGUUCAGAAGAGUGAUUUGAAGUC